ACCACCCUAGCCCCCAAAUUUCAUGUUUUCUUCGAAAGGGUUUCUCAGAAAUUAUUGAAGGAAAUGCCGGUAAAGUGCUGCAUGCAUUAUGUAUAAAAGAUGUUGUUCAUCUCAGCACAUUCUAUGAGAAUACCUUGGUUAACAUGUACUCUAAGUUUGGUGAAAUAAAGUAUGCAAAACAUGUGUUUGAUAGAAUGUUGGAGAGAAAUGAAGCUUCUUGGAAUACCAUGAUGUCAGGGUUAGUUCGAUGUGGUUGGUACUUUGAAGCGAUGCAUUUUUUCUAUCAUAUGCUUGAAAACAAUGCCAAGCCUAGCAGUUUUGUAAUUGCUAGUUUAGUGACUGCAUGUGAUAGGUCUGGCUGUAUGAUUGAAGAAGCACUUCAAAUUCAUGGUUAUGUUGUCAAGUAUGGUUUGUUCUCUGAUGUAUUUGUUGGUACUUGUCUUCUGCACUUUUAUGGUUCAUAUGGUCAGGUAUGUGAGGCCAGCAAGAUAUUUGAGGAGAUUAUUGAACCAAAUAUAGUGUCAUGGACUUCUUUGAUGGUGACUUGUGCAGAUAAUGGAGAUCAGGAGGAGGUUAUUAAUAUUUAUCAGCUUUUGAGACGCCAUGGAUUUUAUUGUAAUCAAAACACAAUUGCUACAGUAUUUAGGUCUUGUGGGAUGCUUGGGGAUAAACUUUUGGGUCAUCAAGUCUUGGGGAAUGUGAUUAAAUCUGGAUUAGACAAUAAUGUUUCUGUGGCAAAUUCUGUCAUAUCCAUGUUUGGUAGCUGUAGUAGCAUGGAGGAGGCAUCUUAUGUGUUUAAUAAUAUGAAGGAACGUGACACAAUCUCUUGGAAUUCAAUCAUUACUGCAGCUGCACAUAAUGGUCGUUGUGAAGAAUCUCUUCAAAACUUUUCUUUGAUGCGUAAUAGUGAUACAGAAACAAACUAUAUUACAAUUGCGGCCUUAUUAUCAGUGUGUGGCUCUGCUCAAAAAUUGAAUUGGGGAAGAGGACUUCAUAGUCUUCUUGUAAAAUCUGGACUAGAAUCAAAUAUUUGUGCAUGUAAUAGUCUCUUAACUAUGUAUUCUGCUGCUGGAAAAUCUGUGGAUGCAGAGGUUGUAUUUCAUACAAUGCCAGACAGGGAUUUAAUCUCCUGGAAUUCCAUGAUGUCAUGCUAUGUUGAGGAGGGAAUGUACCUAGAAGCCAUACAACUUUUCAGUGACAUGCUCUGGACUAGAAGGGCAAUGAACUAUGUUACUUUCACAAGUGCAUUGGCUGCUUGUUCUAAUCAAGCAAACAUAGUUGAGGGAAAAAUUGUUCAUGCUCUUGCAAUCCUUUUUGGUCAACAUCACAAUUUGAUUGUUGGUAAUGCAUUGGUUACCAUGUAUGGGAAGUCCAAUUUGAUGUCUCAAGCACUAAAGGUGUGCAAAACCAUGUCCAAGAGAGAUGAAGUAACUUGGAACGCCCUCAUUGGUGGCUUUGCUGAUAAUGAACAAUCACAUGAGGCAUUGAAAGCUUUUAAUUUGAUGAAAGAAGAAGGUGUACCUGCAAAUUACAUCACAAUUGUGAAUGUUCUUGGUGCUUGCAUAUCUCCUGAUGAUCUUUUAAAACAUGGAUUGUCCAUCCAUGCACACACUAUUGUUACAGGCUUUGAAUUAGAUACAUAUGUUCAAAGUUCCCUCAUUACCAUGUAUGCCAAGUGCGGUGAUCUCAAUACAAGUAAUUUCAUUUUCAAUGAAUUAGGUUGUAAGACCUCUAGUGCUUGGAAUGCUAUUAUUGCUGCAAAUGCUCAUUAUGGGCCUGGUGAAGAGGCCCUCAAACUCAUUGUAAAAAUGAUGAGUGCUGGGGUUUGUUUAGAUCAGUUUAGUUUCUCUAUAGCUCUUGCUAUUGUAGGUAACUUGACUGCAUUGGAUGAGGGUCAGCAGCUCCAUGCCUUGGUUAUUAAACUUGGGUUUGAGUCUGACCAUUAUGUGUUAAAUGCUACAAUGGAUAUGUAUGGAAAAUGUGGGGAAAUUGAUGAUGUGUUAAAAAUUGUUCCUCAACCAAGUAUCAGGUUUCAUAGGUCAUGGAACAUUUUGAUAUCAGCAUUAGCGAGACAUGGGUUUUUUCAAGAGGCUAGGGAAGCUUUUCACGACAUGCUUAGAUUGGGACAGAGACCUGACCAUGUCACCUUUGUCUCACUCUUAUCUGCUUGUAGUCACGGCGGUCUGGUGGAUGAAGGUCUUGCAUACUACUAUUCAAUGACUAGUGAAUUUUGUGUCCCAGUGGGAAUUGAACAUUGUGUUUGCAUAAUUGAUCUUCUUGGGCGAUCUGGAAGACUUGCUGAGGCUGAAGCUUUUAUUGACACAAUGGCUGUUGCGCCAAAUGACUUUGUGUGGCGUAACUUGUUGGCUUCUUGUAAAAUACAUGGUGAUACGGAACUUGGAAAGAAAGCUGCUGAGAAUCUUUUCAGGAUGGAUUCAUCAGAUGACUCAGCCUUUGUUCUUUAUUCAAACCUAUGUGCAUCAACUAGAAAGUGGGAUGAUGUAGAGAAUGUAAGAAAGGAAAUGAUUACUCAUAACAUAAAGAAGAAGCCUGCCUGCAGUUGGAUCAAGUUGAGGAACAAGGUGACUUCUUUUGGAAUGGGAGACCUGAGUCAUCCACAGAAUGGACAAAUCAUCAUUAAGUUAGAAGAGCUCAUGAAGAUGAUAAGAGAGACAGGUUAUGUGCCUGAUACAAGCUAUUCACUACAAGAUAUAGAUGAAGAACAAAAAGAGCACAAUCUUUGGAACCAUAGUGAGAGGAUUGCCCUUGCAUAUGGAUUGAUCAAUUGUCCAGAAGGUUCGCCAAUUAGAAUAUUCAAGAACCUUCGUGUCUGUGGUGAUUGCCACUCUGUUUUCAAGCUUGUCAGCAAAUUUGUUGGUAGGAAAAUUAUACUUAGGGAUGCAUACCGGUUUCACCAUUUUAGUGGUGGCAAGUGUUCUUGUUUAGACUACUGGUAGUGGAUUGGUUUUUGCUGGGAAUAUGAAAUUGAAAAAUUGAGCGAAGAAAUUAAGACCUUAUUUGGGCUCUAUAUGAUCAAUCGGUUGCAGCUUCUGAAAAUAUAUCCAGCGAAAGAUACUGGCUAAAGUUAAUCCUCUCGCACAAUGGGAGGUUAGUUGUCUUGCAUUCAUUUUUACCAAAUGAGGUACUAAUAAGACAGGAGACUUCGCCCUUCCCAUAAUGCUUGGCCAUUCUGAAUUGCAGCAACAAUUCUUAUCUUUUCUGCUGUCUCUCUCCCAAGGUCGACACCUGUUUUACCUUGUCCUUCACCUUGGGCUUUUGCUUUUUAAAUUUCUGGAAUUGGGUUGUUUAGACUCAUGGUUAAAACAGAGUCGGAGAUAUGGUAAACUGACAGGCUUGCCCACUCAUCACUAUGUAAACAGCACAUCCCAAUCCAAUCCUCUCUAAUAUUAAACUGGAUAAAUCUGAAUAAAAAGAUCAUGUUCUAGAGCUUGACAGCAUUCAGCCGCUAAAGAUAAUGAUAAAAGAGAAUAAUUAAAAGGGAGACCUCAAUCAUUAUUUCUUUCCUUCCUUCCUUCCUUUUCCUUCCUUUCUUUUUUUUUUUUUUUGUUUUUUUUUUUUUGUUUUUUUCCUGUUUGCUUGAGAGUUUUGAUGAGAAGAGGGAAUAUGAGAAAGCAGAGGAUAAGUGAUCCUUCCUUCCCAAUUCUAAGAAAAGGAACAAAAGAUAAGGAAGACUCUUUACUUCCAAUUUUUUGUUUUUAGAUUCACAAGUGUAACAUUGGAUAAGAGGAGGCCAUAAAUGUAAUCCUUUUCAAAAUAUGUUUGGAUAUGAUUAAAGCUUAAUUCCAUAUUUUCUCUUAAAUCAUGGACUUAAGUUGCAAGAUUUUUGUGCAAUCGGGCUGUGCUUGUAAAUCCCCCAAAUUUUGUUGCUAAUCUGUGAAUAAUAAAAGCCAUAAUAUCAUUUGUAAUGAGAUUAGCUGAGCUUAAAGAUGGCUCAAGCCUUCUACUUUAUUCAUUAAUAAUUUACUAUGCAUUAUAUUGGGACUGUUGAAAACAGAGAGUAGCCCAAAAAAUAUGAAGAGAAAAUAAUAAAGAUAAUAAUCAAAAUCUAGACAUUAACAACCUGAUAUAUAUCUAGAUCACUCCGAUAAAAUCUAAAAGACAUUGAAUAAAUAGGAUAAAACAGAAAAUCUUGUCUUCCAUAGAUUAUUUGUGAUUUCCAAUAUGUAGUUUGGAUUUGCAUGUGUUUCAAAUGUAUUUUUUGAGCAGAAUUUUCAUUUGGGUGUUUGUUUCUUCUUUGAACUGAAAGGAUUGUUUGUAGAAAAAUAAGGAAAUCAAGCCAUGAGAGUGAAAAGAUCGAUGUCCAAGGGCUUAAUUGCAAAAAGAAUUCUGGAUGGUGCUCAUGUUGGUCGUGAUGACUUUAGGAGACUGUAUUGUUACAUCUUGCUAGAUGUCAUGAAGACUUUCACGUUAGUCAUACUGAUUAUCAAUGUUUUUUAGGGGACCCCACCUUGUUUGUUGCCAAGAGCAAGAACUUGGAAAUACUUGUUUUUGAGAUUUGAGUUUUUAAGAGAGAGAGAGAGAGAGAGAGCUCUAUGAUUCUUAAGAGAGAGAAGGAGAUCCUUGGAAUUGUGGAGGAGUCUUUCAAAUCUAAGGUUAGCAUGUUUUUGUUAUGGAUUCAUUAUUUAUGUUCCAUUCAUCUCCUUCUGCUUCUUUAUACGUU